AUGGAGAAUGAUUCCUCUAGGCGCAAUCGCCUAAUGAAGAAGUUCUUCCAUGGGAAAGACAAACAGCCCGACGGUACCCAGCAGACCGACCUGAACGAUUUCCUCCACACCUCGUCCUCCGACACCCUCGACGUCACCCACCCCGUCCCUCCUCCGCCGGCCGCCGCCAGUCGGGCCCUCCCCAAGCUCAAUAUUUCGAAUGCCUCUCGUUAUCCGCAGGCACUGACAUUGGACCAGCCGAACCAAAACCUCCCCAUACGGCCGCCUCCCCAUAGCCCGGGUCUCAUCCCCCGUCGACCCGUACCGAAUAGAAAGGGCCAGCUCGUGCGCUUCGUCGACUCUAGGCCCGAUGUUAUUGGUAUCGGCGGCGACGAGUGGCCCGAGCCCACCAUUGAGAUAUCUCGCCAAAAGGCCAAGAGAGAUGUUGCGCCCCCGGCCCCUCCAUCUCCACGUAAUCCCGCCCGGUUAGCUCAGUUCCUCGAUACGUCUAUGCCUAAGGACGAGAGGAGGAGAUCUUUUAUUGAGAUUCAACAGGCCGAGAUGAGGCAGGCCGAGGGGCGGGCCUUUGCCGAAGCUGCAAGAUCCGCGGGCUCUGCCGCGAACGACGGGGAAUGGGACGAGUCGUCUACUGCCGAUGAACACAGCCCGCAGCAACGAUACGAGUCUCCCCGCCCCGUGUCUCUUGACUCUGCAACGUCCAGCGUGUACAGCCAGCAAUCGUCAGCGCCGGGCAUGGCCUCGCGCCAGGGUAGCCUCAUUACCCCCAUGGUGGCUACCGCGCCCCCGAUCUCGCCAAAUGUGUUUUCCCUUUCUCGACAGGGCAGCCUGGCUAGCUACCCAGACCCCUUUGGUAGUGCGUCCCGCUCCCAGUCCCUUAGGAUGCAUGACGUGGUGCAAGCCGCAUCGGAUGAUGCGCUCAACAUCUUUGUCGACCGCGUCAGACAUUUAUUCGAACUUUUCCGGCUUCAUGCCGAGGCAGUGCGGCCUAUCCUCUCCUCAUCCCAGAUGCAACUUGAGAUGGAUCGUCAGCAAGCCUAUGCGAACCUUGCCAAGGGGUAUUGGAUAUUUGAGGUAGCGACUCCCGAGCUCCUGGAAUCCCGGGGCUUGCAGCUGGGCAUGGAAGAGGAGGAAGCCCGACAAGGGCUACUAUCCAGCCUCAGGAAGCUCGCUGUUUCGAUGAAGAGGAACAACCUGCUACCACCAGAGGAGGCGUUUCUCCCCAGACAAUCGACAAGUCCAUCUGGAUUGAGGAUGACGAUGACACAGCGCGUCGGCCCGAACAUGACCAUCCUCGAGUCUCUCCCUCUCGGCGACGUAGGCGAGUACUUCAACUACAGUCGCAUCGCUGUUGAUGUGUAUUUAAUGGAACAGGGCAUGGAAUCGCAGCGCGUGACGCUGCCCUGCCUUCUUUCUACUGUGAGGCCGCAAAGCCAAUCUAGUCUCUCCUUUCUCUUGUCGAGUCAGAGCGGCCAGGUUCAGCUUAGGAUUCAAGGAAACAAGAACCUGGGUCCCACAUGGGAAGAUGUACGUUGGGUCCCGGAGGCCAACGUUCUCGACGUUCGGUUGCCGCGCGGGUUUAAGCUCGAUAUCCAUUGCUCGCGACAAGACUUCUCCAUGCUAUGGAGCAUGUACGACUUUGGGCGAAAAGUCCAGUCAACGCUAUACCCGCGCUCUGAUGAGCUUGUCACAUUCCGGUCGACUCUUCCUGCCUUUGAGUACCUGGAUGCUGACCCGCAAUCCCGCGCUUUCCCCAAAGAUGCGCAGACAAACUGCGAGGUCGCCCUCUUUGAAAAAAUCUACAAGGAGUCCGUCGCUGGGGGCACGCGGAGCCUACACCGUGGGUGCCGUCUCGCCGUCGUCACGGGGCCGAAGACGAGGACGUUGAGCGGCGUAAACCACGCAUACAUCCCAUCUCAACCGGUCCAGUUUACCUUCUUGCGCGGUAGCAGCGGCUUGCCGGCGCUCCACUUACGUUUUGACAAUGGGAGGCAGAAAGGCCACAUGGUGCUUUCAUUCCGGGACGAAAAAGAGCGCUUGGAGUUCCACCUCCUCUUUACGGGGGCUCGCGUCGCAAACGACGAGCUUGUCGUCUGCAAGGUACCGCUGGCCGGAUUCAAGAUCACGCAGAGGUUGGGCGACACAGAGAGUCUAGCUGGCUUGGACACUUUCCCGUGGGCCGCGGUCAAGCUCAUCAACGACGAGAACGAGGGAGACGAGCCGCGCACCGUCUUGUCGGAUCGAUUACGGCUAUGGAUGGACUUUAAUAUAGGAACGGUCACGGAUAGAAUGAACAUGGCGCCAGGAGAAUUUAAGUUACGGCUCGAAGUCGGACAGACCAAGGUGCUCCAUAUUCUGAGACAGCCGCAGCCAGACCUGACCAUGGCGCUGUCGGAAUCGCACGUGUCCAAGGAGGCCUGCGCCAGUGUACAGCAGGGCUUGCAGAUCCUGUCCAAGACACAAACGGUUCGAUCGUACACGUUCCAGUCGCUCGGGGACCUCCAUGUCUUCCAAGAGGCCAUGACAGGCUUCAAGGUCCUUUUCGACGGAAUGGCGACUUCCUUCGCCAUCGCACGACGCAGGAUGGUGGUCCCCAUCCACAAGAAGUGGGAGGCUGGCCGCACGAGGAUACAGGUGAUACAACAAGAUCCGGUGAUGCAGAUGCUCGUCUUCUUCGAAGACUUCCACCACGGACAUUGCAUGGGUUUCGUUUUGAAGGGCACAGAUGUAUUUGAGGCAUUCGGCCGGGGUAGCAAAGCCGGACUCAAGAUUGUGGACGCCAAGUUCCCGCUGCCUCGAAUGCUGGAAGAAGGCAAAAGGACAGCAGCGGGCAGACAGACGAUUUUGCAUUCGUGUGUCUGGACCUGCCUGAGAUACCUGGCGAGCAUGACGACAUCUCAAUCACACCGAGAUGCGCUCUGCCAGCUUCUGCCGUCGCCUGUCAAGGGGUCCUCGCGCAUCUCCAAAAUCAAGUGA